AUGCGCAUAAGCCUCAUCCGCCGCAUCCGUCGUCUCGCAACCUCCACCAUCUCACGUGUCGAACAAUACCUCCAAGCCUCCAAACCACCACGGAAACAUGCCAAGAUAGAUGACGAGGAGCAAACCCUUGAUCAAGAUUGCCUGCUGCUCUCCGACCAACCCUCACCCAUAGCCAGGAUGGCCAAGCUCCUCUUCCUCACCCUGCUCACCCUCCUCAUCCUAGUCCUGAUCCUGGCAUACACAAUCUACAAACCACCACCCCUCCUAAUCAACUACCUCCAACAAAAAUACCGCCCCGUAAUCUUCCACCUCCCGCUCCCCCCAUCACACCGCACCAUCGCCCUCACCAUCGACGACGCGCCCUCAGACCACACGCCCGCCAUCCUAGACCUGCUCGCCAAACACCAUGCCGCCGCCACAUUCUUCAUCAUCGGCUCCCAGGCACAGGAAAACCCUUCUGUGAUCCGUAGCAUCCACGAAGCGGGUCACGAGCUCGGGAAUCACGCCUGGAACGACGAGCCGUCCAUCUCGCUCCCUCUGAGCGAGCUGGAGCGGCAGGUCAAGGAAGUCGAGGCUCUGCUCCCGCCCAAUGCUAGUGGGCUGAAAUUCUUCCGUCCCGGUUCGGGGUUUUUUAAUGGGAAGAUGGUAGGCUUGCUUGCGGGCUUGGGGUAUAGGGUUGCGUUGGGGAGUGUUUAUCCACAUGAUGCUCAGAUUACAAAUCCGCGGUGGAAUGCGGCGCAUGUUUUGAGUAUGGUUAGACCGGGUGGUGUGAUUAUUAUGCAUGAUAGGAGGGGGUAUUCUGUGGAGGAGAUCAGAUUGGUUUUAGAGGGGCUGGAGAGGGGCGGGUGGAAGGUUGUUAGCUUGGGUGAGCUGGUGAGAGUGUCUGAGGAGGUUGAGGGGAAGUAG